UACUGUGUGAGCUGUGAUUGGUCACAGCUUGUCACAUGGUACAAGGCGGUUGUGAAUAGCCCUGUACCAUGUGAUCAUUCACAGAUUUCACACAUAGUAAGCAAUGAUGUCAGAAGUGACAUCUUGCUUACACCUAUUCAUGUGAUCACUGAUUGGCCAAUCAGUGAUCACAUGAUCAGAACCUCACACAGAGGUCCCCUACAGCAAUCGGUGUUCUUCGGACACAACGGGCACCGGAUUGCGGUGCUGCGCGCUCCCAGGGAGCGUGCACAGUCCAAAACGGUGGGCGCUGUUUAU